CCCCGUCCUGUCCGCGUGACACAUAAAGACAUUUCAGCACGCGCACUAACCCGAUGGCAUCAUGGCCACGGAGUUCCACAACCUGCAGGAGUUGAGGUCCAGUGCCUCUCUGGCCAACAAGGUCUUCAUCCAGAGGGACUACAGCGAGGGAACCACCUGCAGGUUCCAGACCAAGUUCCCGUCAGAGCUGGAGAGCAGGAUUGAGCGGACCCUUUUUGAGGACACUGUGAAGACACUGAAUAGCUUCUAUGCCGAGGCCGAGACGAUCAGCAGCCACUCUUAUCUCGAGGGCUGUCUGGCCUGUGUGACGGCCUAUCUGGUCUUCCUGUGCAUGGAGACCACUUACGAGAAGGUGCUGACCAAGACGGCCACUUACAUCCAGGACCAGAACCAGAAGAUCUAUGCUCCCCGAGGUCUGCUCCUUACUGAUCCCAUAGAACAUGGAAUGCGCGUAAUCGAGAUUUCCGUCUAUGAAGACCGAGGCUCCAGUGGAUCCACCUCAGGAAGCAGCUCUGUGUCCGGUACCUCUGCUCGAUGAUUGCAUCCAGUCCAGUACUGGGUCAGCCUGGUUCCUCACAACCCCAGAGGAGGAUUUAGGACAAUGAUGCUGCUCCGGUCCCAGUACUUUCCAACACCACAUCCCUGUCCCGGAUUCUUUAUCUCCAUUAUACUAUGACUGUCUUCAUUUCACAUGUAGUACUUUGUGUGAUUGUAGCUUCCUGUUCUCGUUGAAGUUACCAUAGCGAUCUGUGAAAUGUGGGAGGUGACAAGAAGAUGGAAAGAGAAAGACAAGAAACACUGAGACAAGUCAAACCAAAGUUUCAAAUCAGCAGCCGCAGAUCUGUACCCUGACCCCAUGUUGACCACACCCUGACCAUAUGACUGCUUUCUGACCACACCCACCCCCACCAGAACUUUGGUUUCAUUCCUAUUAGGCAACAGUGCUAACGGCUAAGUUAAGUGUGCUGCCUGCAGUGCAGCAGACAACAGAAUAUUUACAGAGGAAUCAUGCAAAUGGUGAUACAAGCACCAAAUUUGGCACAAAUAC